UCCUAUUUCUUUUUCCAGUUUCAGAUCGCUACAUUAUGGUGCGUAUUCCUUUGUUUGGCGGACUCAGCGGUGUUGGAUCCAUCUCUCUAUCUAACCCCAAGCCCGCCAUUAUUGGAAUCCAGUCAUGACAUAUCGGCAGGCGAGUUAUGGAGUCAAUCUGUGAGGAGUACAAUGGCCCGGGAAGCAAAAGAUCCUACGUCUCAAGAUUUGGGAGAAAAACCAACAACAAAACGAAAACCACAACCAAUGGAGAAAGCUAAAUUUUUUUGGCCUUCAUUUAGUUCUCCAGAGUACAGAGUAGGCACAGGAAACAUUCAAGUGCCUUUAACAUUCAGCCUUUCGGGAUUGUACGGGAAAUAUUCGCCGGGUGCUGCCGGAGGUGUGAUUGGAAGCUCUUAUGGAACUGUAUCUGACGUUGGAAGCAGCAUGGUGACGUCAUUAGCUGGAAGUGGCUAUGGCAAGUAUCGAACUUACGCUGGACUCCGAAUCUAUGGCGGAGAGAAUGGGCCCGCUUGGAGCGGCUGGGGUAAUGGCAAGUGGGGUAACUAUGGAAAAGGAUAACUUUUAAGCGAAUUUUUUUUUUGUGAUUCUUGGAUUGAUUAUUUAUUACUAUUAAAAUUGCGUGGGAAA